AUGAAAUUGAUUCUCAUCGCUCUUUUGGGAUUAACACUCACACAAGCUGUCUUUGUUAAGAGAUCUAAUGAUCCAAGCAAGGCUGUCUUCACAUAAUUAGAAGCAAUGGAAGAACACGAAUUAGGAAGAAAAUUGUUAGACACAAUUGCUCUCUAAUUGAACAACAAGGCCCCAUUGGGAGACAUCGCCAAAAUGUUAUAAUAAUUGAGAGAAAACCUCAUCCUCAACUAAUAAGAAGCUGAUUAAAAACAUGCUUAAGAUGAAGUUGACUGUGAAACAGAAAUCUAUUAAUAUAACAGAAGAAUUGACUUUGCUUCCAACGAAAUCACUGAAUCAACAUAAGAAAUCUAAACCCUCAGUGCCAAAGUUGAAUAAUUGACUUAAGAUGUUGAAAACAAAUAAGUCUAAUUAGAUAUCUUGAAUGAAUAAGAAACUUAAAUCAGAGAAUAAAGAGCUGAAGAUGCUGAAAGUUUCAAGACAUUCGAAAAUGAGACAGAAAAUGUCAUUGAGGCUGUUGAAGUCAUCAUCUAAAAGUUGAGCUCAAUCCAACCAGAUUAAGAAGUUUUGGCUGCUUUAACAUAAUUAAACAAGAUUGGUGCAUCCAACCCAAUCCUUGCUCUUAUGUAAGUUGCUUCAACCUUCUCAGCUGAAUAAUUAAACAAUGUCCUCGGAAAAUUAGGUGAAGUCAGCACUUAAUUAGCUGAAGCUCUUGAAGAUGCCAGAUAAACCGAAAUCUAAGCUUAAUUAGAUUUUGAAGCUUUGGUUGUUGAAAUUGCUUCAUAAAGAGAAUCAUUGAGCGCUGCUAGAGAAGACUCUGAAAGAUAACUCUAAGAUAACUAAUAAGCUUUGGAUUUAUAAAAGAAGAGAAAGGAAGAUGCUACUGAUGAAUUGAACGCUGCCUCAUCAGGAAAGGAAUAAAAGGAAGCUGAAUGUGAUUCAUGGAGAACUUAAUAUGCUGAAGAUUCUGAACACAGAUAAUAAGAAAUCUCUAUCAUCAGAUAAGUUGAAGAAAUCUUAGCUACCAAGUUAUCCAACGUUAAGGUUUAUCUCUAAGAGAGAUCAUCAGCUUGAUAUAAAUUUAAUUCUUAAAAAAAAUAUAUAAAUAAACCCUCAUUUU